AUGGCAUACAAACCCGACCCUAUCUCUGUCCUCACUAUUAACUGUAGGGGGCUUAAUAUACCAGAACGAAGAGCCCACUUGCUUCGCGACCUGAGGAGGAAAAAUAUUGCUAUAGCCUUACUCCAGGAAACGCACUUUCGAGCAGACGCAAUGCCGAAGCUGCAGAAUACCACCUAUCCGAAAAGCAACUUCUGCAGGCAUCCGACACAACGCAAAGCCGGGGUGGCCAUUCUAUUGGCAUCGAAACUGGAAUUCCAGGAGCCUGACGUCAUGCGAGAUCCUCAGGGUCGAUAUCUAUUCCUGAAAGGAUAUCUCCUGAAUAAAACCUACACGUUGGCUUCCAUCUAUGUACCCAAUAAGGGACAAGCACCAUUCCUGUGGAAUAUCCUGUCGAAAUUACAACUCUUCGCGGAAGGGACCCUCAUCCUGGGAGGUGAUUUUAAUGUGCCUCUGGACCCGAUUCUGGAUUAG